CUUACGUCGCACCACCACUGUCGCCUCUCUCCCUCACACCGUCACUCCAUUAUCAACAUUAUCACCGCCAAGAAGACAGCGAUGUCGUGGAAGGAGAAGACAGAGUGAAGGGGAGUAAGAGCAAUAGUGAAAGGGGGAAACAAACGUACAUAGUGGCGUGGUAUAAUGGCGUGCCUACAACCAGCAGCGAGUAGAGAGACAUUCGGUUUAAAUACCAACUAAAAUAAUCUUUCAAUGUUUAUAUUUUUUUGGUGAAGACAUCUUUAUAACCACCAACUACCAUUUUCCCAUUGUACAUUGGAAUCUCUUGGAUUUUCUUUCCUCUUGUGGGUCAAUAUACUAUUUACAGAGGCCAUCCACUUUUGGAUAGAACCAUUUUAUUCAUAACAUUUGUUACAUCGGCUCCGCUCCGUCUUGUAAAGUGAACGUGCGUUUUUUUCUCUCUCUCCUACCCUCCUCUCUUUCUCAGUCUCUUCCUUUCUCUUUCAUCCUCCUCCCUCUCAAUAUCUCACCCUCUUUUUAUCUCCCUCUUUUCCUCUCUCUGUCUAUAGUAUCUCUCUUUCUCACUCAUCUGUUCCUUAUUCUCCAACAACGAUCAUAUACCAUAAAAUAUUUUUGUGUGUUUGUGUGUAUAUUUAUAUUAUAUAUACACAUAGAUACGUAUACAUACAUAUAUCUACAUACAUACAUUCACAGAAAUCAUUCAUACACUCAGACUACAGACAUAAACCGCCAACAACAAAUAGGCACUUUGGAUAUUUUCUCUCCCCGGGGGGUUUGUUUUGGGGUUUCUUUUUAAUACCCUUGAACCUCUUCAGGGUUUUUUAUAGCUUCUUAACACCCCUUUUUCUCCCUCUGUCCGUGUGUAACCUCUAUUUCUAACUCUUGUUCGACCACUACUAUGUCUGUUUACCCUCGGACAGCUGAAAAGAAACGAAUUAUGCAGGAAUACCGGAUGCGACACGAAGAGAUGACAUCCGUAGCACUAAACAGGCCCCGCCCCCUAUCACCAAAAGCCCAACUUGAACAAGAGAAGCGAAUCCGUCGUGAAAUUGCCAACAGCAAUGAACGGAGACGAAUGCAGAGCAUCAAUGCUGGCUUCCAGUCCCUGAAGACGCUGCUUCCACAUCAUGCUGGCGAGAAGCUCAGUAAGGCAGCAAUCUUGCAGCAGACCUCCGAAUAUAUUUCCAGUCUUGAGAGGGACAAAACUACCGUGAUGGCCGAGAAUGACCGCCUGCGGCAACAACUGAUGAACAUCAAUAAUACUCUAAACUCCAUCAAUGCUGCCGUGGCUGAAGAGUCACCUCCUCCGAAGAGGAAGAAGCGAGAUACAGAAUCCUCUGAUGAAGGUAUUGGACUGUGCGAAGAAAGCACUCAGCUUGAUGAGAUGCGCAAGAAACUGCUUGACAUCCAACUGCACUUUGAUCAAGAGAAACGAAUGAGGCUCAAGUUUGAGGACCGGUCAAGGGCUCUAGAGGCCAAACUGCAGAAGCUCUCCAGCCACGUACUGGACAAAGAAGCUGUGAUGAGUCUAAACGAAGUCGAUGAAAAGCCAAGCCAACCUUUGUUCAACUCCUCCAUGUCCCGGCGUAAUUUAGAGACCAUAGUAGAGGCCAUCCGACACUUGGAAGGGGACCGAAUUGGAUUGGCGUUAGAAGAACAGCAGCACCCAAACAACAACAACAACAACAUGUCACAAUUUGGUGCAGUUGAAUGCAUCAAUGCACCACCUGCACACCAACAUGGCAAUGCAGUGUAUAAUAGCAGUGGCGGAAGAGGGGUAGUUAGCAUCACAGAGCAACAACAGAGGCAGAAGAAGGUGUGCAGCGGGACAGGGGAAACGGUGGGGCCUUGCUCUGUUAUGGGGCCAGGUAAAGAAAGCUGUGUGAAGAUGGGUGGGAGUGGUGGCGGCGGCGGUGGUGGCGGUGUUGUUGGCGGUGACGAAGACAAGGAAAACUGUCACUCUAAAGAUGACGGUGGCACGACUCCACUGUCGUCACCAAUCAACGAUGAGGAGGACGGCAGCGAUGACAUCGAAGAAGAUGAUGAUGACGGUGAUGACAUCACUGACGACGACGACGACGAUGACGUCAUCAACUACAAUGCUGCCGAUGAUGACGGUGAUGAUUGUCAUGAUGAUUGUGUAGAUGAUGAUGAUAACAAUUCAGAACUUGUGUCCCCUGUGGACUUCUCCACGACAGGGCAACAUCACAAUAAUAACAAUGGACAUAAAAACACACUAGUGUUCGCCUCAACCGUCAUCACCACUACCACCACCACCACCACCACAACACCCACUAACUUCAGCCUCAUUAACAACAACAACAACAACAACAACAACAGCAGCAACAACACUUCAUCUUUUUCCAUCCCUCCCUCUUCUCUGUCCAUUCUCUCCUCUACACCGUCUUCAACAUCAUCAUCAUCAUCCUCAUCGUCAUCGUCACCAUCCUCAUCAUCAUCAUCAUCAUCAACAUCAUCGUCGUCCCUUUUGACUGCCGCAGCAUCAAAAACACCAAAACCAACCCUGCAGCAGCAACAGCAGCUCUUGCAUCCGGCGCUUUCUACUGUUGCAGCUGCAGGUGCCACUGCUGCUGAUACUCCGGCCCCGCCUUCAGCUCACUCUCCUGUCCUUGUGGCCACCACUCCUGCUGCCCCACCUAUUGUUCCUGCUGCACACCAUCACCACCACCAACAACAACAACAACAGCAGCAGCAGCAGCAGCAAACACAGCAACAUCGACAACAACUACAACAGCAACACCAUCAUCAUCAUCACCACCACCACCAUCAUCACCAACAAGACCAACAACAACAACAACACCAGCAACACCAACAACACCACCAGCAACAAGUACUAGCCAGUGACUGUACGUCUGUUGUGAAGACCAACCUCUCCAGUAGCUGUUUCAGCACCACCCCCACCAAAUAUCCCACAGCUUCAACACUGUUGCAUCGAGCUCCCCCCUAUGCCAUCAACCAAAUUUAUCAACGCCCGGGUGUCAUUGUGCAUAAAUCAUAGCUUUUAAACAUAGUCAAUGAGGAAUUGGGGGGAAGGAAGGGGGGGACAGUGCCGUAAUAGGUGUGGGACGGGGGAAGGGUUAGGACGGAGAACUGGGUGAUGUUGCUUUUUUUUUGUAUUCUUUUGUUUUAUAUUUCUUUUUUUUUUCCAUGGAGGUGUUGAAGAUUGGGGAGGGCUAACAACUUAUAGAGGGAAAAAUAGUUUAUAAUCAUGGGGGUUGGGGGUGAGGGUGCUUUUUUUUUGUUUUUAUCUACCUAUCCAUUCGUUCACACUCCGUAAUUUAAAGAUAAGGAUUUUUUGUUUUUUUUUUCUUCCCUUCGCUUUCAUUAUAACUUGUCCGAAAAUUUCUUGUCUCAAAAAUUUCAUUUCAUGACAUUUCCCUUUGUCAAGACAUAUAUCUCUCUCUCUACGCUUUUUUUUUUUUGGUUCAUAUAUGUGUAUUUACAUACACAUAUAUAAAUAUAUACACAUACAUGCAUACACGUAUGUACUUGUGCCGGCACAUGCGUCUUGCAUUUUACGUACAUAACGGCAUUUGACUUCUCAUGAGGCAUACAAGCUUUAUAGGGCAUCCUUCUAUUAGCAGGUCCCUUCUUGAACCAUCACCUGCCUGUAAUCUAAAUCCUUAUGAUGUGUUUAUACAACACAAAGAGAUUUUCCUGGAUGUUUUACUUUUUCUCCUGGAAAAAUAAUGUGCCUCAUAAGCUGUCAAAUAUGAUGUGUGUGUGUAUAUAUAUGUGUAUAUGAGUAUAUAUCUAUGUGUGUGUGUGUGUGUGUAUAUAUAUAUAUAUAUAUAUAUAUAUAUAUAUAUAUAUAUAUAUAUAUAUAAUGCAUAUAUAUGCCUAUAUCUUUGGAAAUAUUGACUGCCCACUUUUUAUACCCUCAUUGCAGUUGUUCAUUUUAUGUGUGUAUGUACAUACAUAUACAUGCAUACACAUACACACACACACACACACACACAUACAUCAUUCAAAAAGCAUACCAGAGGAAAGUUUAUCCUCUGAAAAGAACAUUUUCUAUUAAGAAAUUAAAAAAAAAAAUUAAUAAUUAUCAUCAUCAUCAUCAUGAUGGUGAUACUCAACUCCCUGUUCCCUUCUCCCUGCAGAAUUUUUUUUUUUUCCUUUUUGCUAAAACAAAGCCCUACAAAAAAACUGAUGACAUUACACCCUUCCCCCUACCUCGCCUCCCCUUUUUUUCUUUCAAUUUUCGUUCUAUUUUUCUUCCCUUUUUUUUCCCUGAAAUUUUCGUUUAUGUUUUAACGCUUUAUUAAAGCUCUGCAUUGUACUGUUA